AUGUUAUGUUGGCUGCUGUCGUCGGUCUAUAAUGUUGUCCUCACUGAGAUUAUCUCGACCAACCAUCAGGUGCCUUUUUGCUCAAAUCAAUCCUCAGGCGUCAUGUUUCGGGAAUCAUUUGAUUCCUUACAACUGUAGACAACGCUCGACAGAUGUCUCUGAGAAGAAAGUGGAAUCGUUAACGCUAAGAACUCAGUCCAAUGGAGUCAGGACCAUCUUCUUAAAUGACCCCAAGAGAAGGAAUGCCUUGUCUUUGGAGAUGCUACAGAGUCUUAAAGCAGACUUAUUACACAACGGUGAUGAGGAGGAGGAACUCCGAGCUGUAGUCAUCUCAUCAGGAGGACCAGUAUUUUCAUCCGGACACAAUCUUAAAGAGUUGACUACAGAGUAUGGCAGAGCACAUCAUACCAAAGUGAUGCGUACCUGCAGUCAAGUCAUGAUGUUGGUACAAGACAUGCCUGUACCAGUCAUUGCUCAAGUACAAGGUUUUGCUACAGCAGCCGGUUGUCAACUGGUAGCCAGCUGUGACAUUGUUAUUGCGUCUGAGAAUGCCAAGUUUGCCACACCUGGGGUAAAUAUUGGGCUGUUUUGUUCGACACCAGGGGUGGCCCUGGGCCGCGCUGUUCCCAGGAAGCUCGCUAUGGAGAUGCUAUUCACAGGCGAGCCAAUAUCGGCAGAAGUUGCUCUGAAGCACGGGCUCGUCAGCAAGGUUGUCCCUGAGGAAUUACUGGAGGAAGAAACAAACAAACUAACCGCUAAGAUCUGUCAAUCGAGUCGGUCGGUGAUCGCCCUCGGGAAGGCCUGUUUCAAUAGUCAGAUGAAUAAGCCGAGGGAGGACGCUUAUGAACAAGCUGGAGACGUGAUGGUUCAUAAUCUAGCCUUGAAGGACGGUCAGGAAGGCAUCCAGGCCUUCAUCCAGAAGAGGCAUCCAACGUGGACCAAUACCUUAGAUUUAGUGGAUGAUAAAUGAUGCAGAUACCGUGGCGAACAUGGAGGACAAUCAAGAUGAGAGGAACAAUGAUGAUAUAUUCAAACAAGGUAAUGGAUUGAUGGAAAUUUCUUCCGUAGCAUUUCAAGGAGUGAUCAGGCAAUGACCUGCGUUGCCUUCGUGAAGUAUCAGGACUGACUGUGCGGAAGAAAUUAUUAAUAUUAAGCAGCACUUUUAAAUCCUUCCUCAUUGUAUUUGAAGUAGUACAGUAACCUCAGUGGUGUGUGAAGCUUUUCAUGGUAAGAAAAAAAAAAGAACUACAAAAUUCAUUCUUAAAGAGGUAACUUGAUAAGAGGAUUUGUCAUGUUUAUAAGGAGGAUUUAUUAUAUAGGUUGGUAUUGACCCUACAUGUAUUCACCCGACGUCAUCAUCAGAAUAAGCUUAGAUGCGCCAUUUUUGUGGUCAAUGUCAAUGUGCGUUAUUCAGUGAAGUGCACAUUUUAGGCGACGCGGCAUUUACACGUAAACCUAAUGACCACCAAAACAGGUGAGGGUGGCACAGACGCCGCGUACGACAUGCGUGCGACGGGUCAAUACAAAUCAUUGACAACUAAGUGCUGCUGGUUAAUUUUGACUCCAAAGGUUAACCCUACAACCAGACAAACUAUUGGGCUGAUUUGGAAACUGGAAAAUUACCAGGGAGGUUCAAAGAAACUUACUUUUACCAAAACAUUUAUGAAGAAUCAAUGUAAUAAGGAAACAUCUUUUAUUAUAGACAAAGAACUAUUUGCAAAUUUUCAGACAAUUUUAUUUCUCAACUUCAUUUCUUUUUUUCUUCCUUUUUCUUUUUUUUUACAAAUUAAAUUAGUAUCAUUAAAAAGUACUGUGUAUAAUUAAAAUCACAAUUAUUUUUUACAGUUAUUUCAAAAUAUUGUUCAAGAAUCAACAUUCGGUAAAAUUAUCAAAAAGUUGAUAAGCUUUUCAAUGGACGAGUUCUCUGAUGUGGUUUGUUAUUGUUUUGGUUUUAUAAACAGUAUUAUGUGUUAAUACUAAAACGGCUAUGUA